UUUGGCAAGGCAGCGAUGUGGAAGUUGGACAAUUAGCAAGGCGAAUCCUUGCUUCUGCUGCAUAAAGUAAGGUCAGUCUUUUGCUACAUGCAGCAGGGACUGUCGUUGCAGUUAAAGAAGAGAAAAAGAAAAAACAAUGGCCAUACAGGGAUUGAAGGGCCAGUGACGUUGGUAGCAUAUCUUGCUAUAUGCAUGCAUGCCCUUGUAAGUUGCAGGCACGCAUUAGAUGAGACAAAGUCCAUGCUUCUGUCAAUUAACUCUCACAUUUGACUUGUAUUUCAAUUAAAAUUUACGCAAUUGCAAUGCUUGUUUAAAUGAUGUUACAUCUGCCUAUGGUAGUUUCUUUAGAAAAGAACAAAAAAAGAAAGAAAAUUUAGGGGUUGUGACUCUUGAGUUAAUAAAAAAUAUAUAUAUGCAUUUUCAUCACCAGCUGCAUCAUUUUCUUGUCAUAUCUUAUUGAUUAAUGUAUAUAAGUACUUCUACUUUGAAGAUAUUUUCCAUCAAAUAUGGAUUCUUCUCUAAGGCAUUCUUCAAAGCUAUCACACAGUUUGCCCUUUCAAAUAGAUGAUGGUGAUGAUGAUAUUGAAAGCCAAAAUGUUUCAGAUGCAGGUGAAAUGGCUCUUCAUAAUGAGAGUGGAACCAUUAGGUCCUCUCUUGAUGAUGCAAUAGAAGCUAGAGUAAUACUUCCCCUAAUUGAGGAUAAUUUAUUGCAAUCAAAUGGAUUUUGGUCUCAACAUUUCACAAAUAUGAAUACAAAGUCAUCUGUGUCACCAUUGCCAGAAGAUCUCAUACCUCCUCUUCCCACUGAUGCAAAAGAACAAGACAAAGAGACAACAAAUUCAGCAAUGAUGUUGCCGCUGAUGUUGGAGUAUAUAUUAUGUUUUAUAUAUCUGUCUGUUUUUGGGAUUCUUGGGGUUUUAUCAAGAUACUUGCUAAAAAGACUAUUUGGCCCUAGUCUUGCUGGUGUGACAAGUGACAAUUACCCUCUAUACCUUGACCUUCCUUGCAACAUGGUUGGGCCUUUCUUGAUGGGAUGGUGGGGUGUUGUAUUCAGAAGAGAUAUAGCGAAUGUGUCUGAUCAUUUGGCCGAUGGACUAACAACUGGCUACUUGGGAAGUCUCUCAUCUUUCAGUGGUUGGAAUCAAAAAAUGCUAAAUCUCGUUCUUGAUGGCAACUGGGUCUUUGCUGUGGUUGGAUUUCUUAUAGGCUUGUUCCUUUCAGCCUAUUCUAUCAGAUUUGGCAUCGGGACCGCUAAGUGUUUCAAGUCAUUUCUCAAAAGACUAAACAGAAGUGAAACUAAAACUAGCAACAACAGGAGAGUGGAAAGCUGCAAGCGUCAUUCGGCAGCUGUGCUGUUGUUAGUACUUCUGCUAGGCAUUUUGUGGAGUGUGAGUGGCACAAUGCUAAAGAAGGAGUUCAGCAGUGGCAGCAACGAAGCCCAUUUGUGGCUAGCUUGCUUAGUUGCAGCCCCAGGAGUGUGGGUCAGGUGGUCCUUGGCUCGACUUAAUGGAUGUGGAUUAGGAAAGACAGGACACCUGAAAUGGGUGCCUCUUGGGACUUUAACUGCCAAUGUUUCUUCAGUUUGUGUCAUGGCAGCACUGUCAGCUUUGAAGAAAGAGGUACAGACCAAGACAUGCAAUACCAUUGCGACAGGCAUACAAUUGGGAUUUUGUGGUUGUUUGAGUAGUGUUUCAGCAUUCAUUGCUGAGUACAACGCAAUGGAAGACUGUAACGAAAAUUUAAGAGCUUAUGCAUAUGCCCUAACAACGAUACUCAUCUCUUUUGGCUUGGGGAUCUUGAUAUACUGCCUACCUGUUUGGACAAGGGGAUUUCAGUAGGAUGCUAUAUAUGCUACCAUUACGAUGACCUUUCUGCCAAGUUUCUCAUAUAUAAGUAUAGAACUCCUAUAUAUUCUUUCUUACUAGAUUUAGAUAUGCACCGUAAUAAAUAAUAGGAGAAUAUUAUAUAUAUAUAUUGGAAUAAUAUAUCAGACUUAAAUAAAAAAUUUCAA